GCUCAUCAUGUCCUCCAUUCUUGGGAAGAUGAAGAAGUUUGGCAGUUUUGACAUGGAGGAAUCUGAAGUGACAGAUGAACACGUGGAUGGGGAGGACUCUGUCCAGGAAACCCCUGACAACCCCCAGGGCCCACUCAGCACCAAGGUGCAACCACCCAAAAGCAACAUUUUUGCAAGACGGGGCCGCUUUGUGAUGGGGGACAGUGACAAGGACAUGGCUCCCAUGGACUCCUUCUGCCAGAUGGAUCACCUGAUGGCACCUUCUGUCAUCAAAUUCCAUGUGAAUUUGGAGAGGGGCAAACUUCACAAGCUCCUAUCUACAGAUUCCAUCACAGGCUGCUCAGAAAAAGCUUUCAAAUUUUAUGACCGCAGAAGGAUCUUUGAUGCUGUAGCCCAAGGCAACACAAAAGACCUCAGUGACCUGCUACUCUACCUUAAUAGAACCUUCAAGCAUCUCACAGAUGAGGAGUUCAAAGAGCCUGAAACUGGCAAAACCUGUUUACUGAAAGCCAUGCUGAAUCUACAUGAUGGGAAAAAUGAUACCAUUCCCUUGCUGCUGGAUAUUGCAAGGAAAACUGGAACUCUGAAAGAGUUUGUUAAUGCAGAAUAUACUGACAACUACUACAAGGGCCAGACUGCUCUUCACAUCGCCAUCGAGAGGAGGAACAUGUACCUGGUGAAGCUCUUGGUCCAGAAUGGAGCAGAUGUUCAUGCCAGAGCCUGUGGGGAGUUCUUCAGGAAAAUCAAAGGGAAAUCUGGCUUUUAUUUUGGAGAGCUUCCUUUGUCCCUGGCUGCCUGUACCAACCAGCUCUGCAUUGUGAAAUUCCUCCUGGAGAAUCCCUACCAGGCAGCCAACAUCACUGCUGAGGACUCCAUGGGCAACAUGGUCCUGCACACACUGGUGGAGAUUGCAGAUAACACAAAGGAUAACACCAAGUUUGUAACCAAGAUGUAUAAUAACAUAUUGAUCCUUGGUGCCAAAAUUAAUCCCAUCCUCAAGCUGGAAGAGCUCACCAACAAGAAAGGGCUGACUCCUUUAACUCUGGCAGCCAAAACAGGGAAGAUAGGGAUUUUCGCUUACAUCCUCAGACGGGAGAUCAAAGACCCUGAGUGCAGACACUUGUCCAGGAAGUUCACUGAAUGGGCCUAUGGACCUGUCCACUCCUCUCUUUAUGACCUGUCCUGUAUAGACACCUGUGAGAAAAAUUCAGUGCUUGAGAUCCUUGCCUACAGCAGUGAGACACCAAACCGUCAUGAGAUGCUGCUGGUGGAACCCCUUAACAGGCUGCUGCAAGACAAGUGGGACCGGUUUGUCAAGCACUUGUUUUACUUCAACUUCUUUGUCUACACCAUGCACAUCACCAUCCUCACUGCAGCUGCUUACUACAGACCUGUACAGAAGAAUGAAAAGCCUCCCUUCACCUUUGGUUACAGCACUGGGGAAUAUUUUCGAGUAGCUGGAGAGAUCCUGAGUGUACUGGGAGGCCUAUAUUUUUUUUUAAGAGGGAUCCAGUAUUUCGUGCAGAGGCGCCCAUCACUCAGGACACUGAUAGUUGAUGGCUACAGUGAGGUUCUUUUCUUUGUCCACUCCCUGCUCCUGCUGAGCUCUGUGGUGCUGUACUUCUGUGGCCAGGAGCUCUAUGUGGCUUCCAUGGUGUUCUCCUUGGCCCUGGGCUGGGCCAACAUGCUCUACUACACCCGGGGCUUCCAGCAGAUGGGAAUCUACUCUGUCAUGAUCGCCAAGAUGAUUCUUAGAGAUUUAUGUCGCUUCAUGUUUGUCUAUCUUGUAUUUCUCUUGGGAUUUUCUACAGCUGUGGUGACUUUGAUUGAAGAUGACAACGAGGGGCAGGACACAAAUAUCUCUGACUAUGCCCGGUGCUGCCACACAAAACGAGGCCGCACCUCCUACAACAGCCUCUACUACACCUGCCUGGAGCUCUUCAAGUUUACCAUUGGCAUGGGGGACCUGGAGUUCACAGAGAACUACAGGUUCAAGUCUGUGUUUGUCAUCCUGCUGGUGCUCUAUGUCAUCCUCACCUACAUCCUCCUGCUCAACAUGCUCAUUGCACUGAUGGGGGAGACUGUCAACAAAAUUGCACAGGAGAGCAAGAGCAUCUGGAAGCUCCAGAGAGCCAUCACAAUCCUGGACAUUGAGAACAGCUACCUGAACUGCCUGAGGCACUCGUUCCGCUCUGGGAAGCAAGUCUUGGUGGGGAUCACACCUGAUGGCCAAGAUGAUUACAGAUGGUGCUUCAGGGUUGAUGAAGUGAACUGGUCCACGUGGAACACUAACCUGGGCAUAAUCAACGAAGACCCUGGGUACUCUGGGGACCUCAGACGAAAUCCCAGUUUCUCCAUUAAGCCUGGCAGAGUUUCAGGGAAGCACUGGAAAACAUUGGUUCCACUUCUAAAAGAUGGAGAGAAGAGGAGAGAAGAGCCUCACAAGCUGCCAGAAGAAGUCAAAUUAAAACCUGUUUUGGAACCUUUUUUUGAGCCAGAAGAUUCUGAGGUGUUGAAAGAAUCAAUUCCAAAGUCAGUCUAAU